AUGUUAGCUUUAAUCUCUGUUAUCAAUCUCGGGACAGCUAGGGGCACCCAUUGUCAGCAGUGUAUGGCUGGAUACCAUGGAGACCCAGUUAAUGGAGGAAACUGUACACCAUGCUUUUGUAACAACCAUGGUGAUCUCUGUCAUCGAGAAACUGGACGUUGUUACUGCACUACUAAAGGUAUUAAUGGGCCACACUGUAACAGAUGUGAUGAAUCAAAUCAUUAUGUAGGGAAUCCAGAAGAGGAAAAUGGCUCCUGUUUUUAUAAUUUGUCCAUCGAUUUCCAGUAUACGUUUAACAUGUCCAAACCUGAAGAUCGGUAUUAUACAAAUAUUAAUUUCAUGAACAUACCAGUUAAACCAGAUGUUGAUGUAGAUUUUACAAUAUCCUGCUCUGACUCAGCUCUGGUCAAUAUAUCUGUUGCAUCCUCAUCAUCUCCUGAAAAGUUCCUGGAUGAAAACCACAAAUGUGGAACUUUCAAGCUUCGUUUCUCACAUGAUGAGCAUAUAUUUGGCUCAGACAAUUCAACAUUCUACGUUUAUGUGUUCAACUUUAAUACCCCAUUUGUAUUGCAGAUAUCAUUUUCACAGCACAGACAGUUAGAUCUGCUGCAAUUCUUCAUCACGUUUUCUAGUUGCUUCUUGUCACUUUUGAUAAUGGCGGCUGUAAUGUGGAAAAUAAAACAAAAAUACGAUUUGUAUAGAAGAAGGCAGAGGUUAUUUGUUGAAAUGGAACAAAUGGCUAGCAGACCAUUUGCUGGUGUUGCUGUUGAACUAGAUGCUCAGCUUCUUAUCAUAUCAACUCAUAAUGGGAAUGAGGAUAGACAAAAGAAGUGCCAUCCUACUCCAAUUGCUUUAGAGCCUUGCUCAGGUGGUAAAGCAGCAGUGCUGUCAUUGAUUGUGCGUUUACCACCUGGAGAGGAAGAAUACACUCCAGCUGGCCAGUCUGGUCUUGGAAUAGCAAGUGCUUUAGUGUCAUUAGGAACUUUGUGCAAAGGAAAUGCAGAUGUUAUAAAAGAGACUAGUAAACUUGAAUCUUGGAAGACUAGUUCUAACUCUAGUACAUGUAUAUAGAACUUUCGUACUUAAAUUGGGAGGGACGGGAAAGUCAUUUCAUUCUCAUUUCUUUUUUUUUUUUUUUUGUUUGUUUGUUUGUUCCUGAAUACCAUCACUAUGUUGUGCUGCUAUUGACAUCACAUUUCCCCAUUUCUUGAAGUAUACUUUGUUUCUCAUCUAGCACAUCUCCUAGGUUCUGUUUUAAAGAAAUGUGUGAAUAGUUGUACAGUUUAGUGUUUAUUCUGGUUUUAUGUAUUCAUUGUAUAAUAGCUAAGUCAUUAUUUAUAUUUUACAAAUGUAAUAUACUUUUAUAUAGUAUUCAUAUAUUUUAGAUCUGCUUUAAUUUAAGUUGUGAGUUUUACAAAUUGUGAUGUUUAUUAAAAAAAAGUAAGAACUUGGAAAAUUUCAGAUAAGUUGGUGAAAAAUGAUACUUUUAUAACUAUGUUACAGCUGCCUCAGGAACAAAGUGAUUUUCAUUAUAGUUUGAUAAUACUGAUUUUUGUGUGUCUCUGUGUCUCACAUAGCCUGGUUAAUCAUACUGUGAAUUUUUUUUUAAAAUGAAAAUCAGUAAUUUUUGUUAAAUCACUUUUAAAAUGCUUCUGUUAUUUUAUAUUCAUGUGUGUAAAUUUAUUAAAUUUCAUUAUUCUUAAAUUUAUAUAGUGUUGCUUUUUAGAAAAUUUAUUGUAAAUUAUAAACUAAUAUCUUAACUUUUUUUAAACAGAAUAUUCUCCACAUUGCAUUAAGUAAAACAAUUUCAUGCCUGUGAUGUUUUGAAUUAUCAAAUGUUAAUGUAUAUAAUUUUGUUUUUAAGAAAUAUGUAUAAUUCUGUUUCUAUUUUGAAAUAUAUUUUGCAUGUGAUGUAUAUAUCAAUAUAAAAAAAGUGUUAAGAUAAUAACUCUUCAAAGAUCUGAUUUUAUUGUUUGGCCCAGGCUAAUUUAAAAUUAAGAGGAGUAUGUAUAUUGCAUUCUUAAAAGCAAUAAUUCUGAUGUGUAACAUUAUUUUCUUAUAUUUUAUAUUUUUGGACAAACAUCUGAUAACUAUGCAAUAUUUGAACAGUUAGUGUUAAAAUAAUGAAAAAGCAACUUGUUUUUACUAAUGUAAAUAUGUGAAAAUGCUUAAAAAUUAGAUUUUUUAACAUAUUACCUGUUGUUUUUUUAAUUUACUGAAUCCAUGUUAUGAUAAUAAGUGGGAGAUCAUUGCGCUUUUGCAAAAACUAUUUUCAUAUCAAUUAAGAAAUUUAAUAUGAAUAUCCAUCCAUCUUUACUCAAGAGUGUAUAACAUGUAUAUUUCAUCAAAAAUUUAAUGUAUUAAGUGAAUUGAAAUACUUCAGAAAUUUGAAUUAUUAAAUCAUGUAAAUAUUAUAACUGAAGAAAUGAGAAAGAAAAUACAUGUAUUAUAUUAAAAUAGUGGGUUUUGAAAACAUUUGAUUUAUAUGAUUUGUAUAUAAAUUCGUUACAGAGAAUAUUUUGUGUUAUUUCUAUGGAAACCAGUUUAUGUGAUCUAAAUUUUUGGACCACUGACUUGCCGUGUGAGAGUAGAUGAAUCCGAUUUUCACCAUUCAUAAUUUUUUAUUUUGGUCUAACUAGUUCCUCCUUUCUAGAUACAGAUUCACAGCUCAUUUGUGCUUGGCACUUGCAUAUAAAUUUUUAUGUCUGUUGCAGUAAAAAAAGUUUUGCUUACAUUUUAUUCUUAACAUUCUAUUUAUUUGUUGCAUAUUCUAAAAAAUUUAAUUAAUUCUAAAAAAUACAUUAAAGCUAUAAUAAUGUCAAAUUCAGAAAUUAUAAUUACUGUUGCUGUUAAACCUGCUACUCCUUUCUUCCUUGCAGAAAAUAAAAAGAAUGAGAACUCUGAAGAGAUCUGCGUGAAUUAAUCUUUCUGGCUUUUAAGGGGCGACUGUUGCUUUGCAAGUCUUAAAAGCUAGUUGGUUGAUCAAAGAUUUAAAUCCUUUUCUGGUUUGAAGUUUAGAUUGUACAUAUGUGAUUAAAAUCUUCCUCUAUUAAUAACCUAACUUGGUACUACUUGAUCCAGGAAGUAUAAACUAGAAAAACUGAAUCCUGGAGUACUUUUUAAGCUUUGCUUGAUUUCUGGGAAGCGUAAGCAAUUAAUUUAUAAACAGAUUUAAAUUAAUGAUUAGGUAUUUUCUGAGAGGAAGUCCCGUUCUAUCUUGUUCGUAAAUUAUUUAAAAGUAGUGCAUGUGUAAUAUGUCUUUAAAAUGACGAGGCCUGAGCCAGAUAAUUGAUGUCAAUAAAAUAAUCUUUUCAUUAAUAGCAGCUUACAUAAAGUAAAAGCUGUAGCUUGAAUAUUAUUUUUAAUGUCCUUAAAAGAUAUGUGUAUGCUUCAAGCUCCCUAGCUUGUUUGAUUUAUUGGUCCAAUGUAUUUGAUUCUAUAAAGUGGUCUUCAUAAUUCAUAUUUUCAAACACAUUUAAAAUUUUUUAUUGAUACUUCAGUUUGAGAGAGAUUUUAUUUAUUUAUAUUUUGUGUGUGUGUGAUGUUUCUUAGAUUCCUGAGAAUGUAAAAACUAAAUAAAAUAAAAUAUUUUUUAAACUUUU